CAGUUGUUUCAUGAGACGAAAUAGAUGCAGGUGAUAUAAAGGUUGUUACAAUGUAACCACUGUUUAUUAAAUAGCUUCCCGCACGCUCGUGACAAACAACGCUUAAAAAAACAAGCACUUCUUAUUGUCUUAACUCCGUGUUUUGAGAAAAACAGGUGAACACGUCCGAAAGAAACAAUUAAUGUCGAAAACAAGACUCUGGCUGAUUCGUUUAAUUGAGACAGGAUAUGUUUAUCGGACCAAAGAGGAGAAAAACAUUCCCCUGUUUCACUUUUAAAAGGCGCAUUCAUUGGCGGUCCCGCGUUGUCACUCAAGUAGGGGUGGUGUCAGCUGACAUAUGAUAGUUCCAGUAAGAGCACUUAGGCACAGUAGAACCACGCUCAACAGGCAGGAAUACGGAUAGGCACGGUACGAACGGAGUACUGCUUCUGGAUUGCAGACCACAACUGCCUUCUAUCAACCGGACAGGGACAUUUCAGAGUGUUUUGCUACGCCAUAUCUAGUCUGGUGUUUACGCUUGGACCUCGCUUUCCUUCACGGACUUGUAGCCUACACUAAUGUAGGUUAAUAGUUUUAGCGGUGUGUGUGAACGCGACUAAUUUCCUUUGCCAUUGCUUUUCGAUUUCGGUUUGUUUUUCUCCUGGUUGGUUGCGCAUGAGUAACUUUUCCCGUGCAACUUCUAUGUGACUCUUGGAUUGUGUUUACUACUGCUAUUAUGGCUGAAGCAGCCCAGCAACAGUUAGUGGAUAUCGACCCGGAUUUCGAGCCCCUCUCUCGGCCCCGGUCUUGUACUUGGCCGCUACCACGGCCGGACUUCAGCAACCCAGCCGACUCCAACACAUCCUCACCGGCCCCCUCCGUCAAACAGGAGCCCACCAACAAUGCUGACUUCAUCAACAAUCUCAGCUUGUUAGAGGAGAACGAAGACUACCCGGACCAGAAGCCCCUGGGCCUGUGCAAUGACUUCUCGUGUCAGGAGAACUGUAUUCAGGCUCAUCCACAUCAACAGCAGCAGCAGCUGCCGAGCCCACAGAUAGCGCACCAGCAACAGGUGCCCCUGCUGUCCUCUCCGGUCGGAUCAACUUCGUCGGUGGCGGCGGCCGCCGCUGCCGCUGCUCAGCGCAAGAGCAGCUCUUCUCGCCGUAAUGCCUGGGGGAAUAUGUCUUACGCUGAUCUCAUCACGAAGGCUAUCGAAAGCUCCCCAGAGAAGCGCCUCACCUUGUCGCAGAUUUAUGACUGGAUGGUGAAGAGUGUCCCUUAUUUCAAGGACAAGGGAGACAGUAACAGCUCUGCUGGUUGGAAGAACUCCAUCAGACACAACUUGUCCCUGCACAGCCGUUUUGUGCGGGUGCAGAACGAGGGCACGGGCAAGAGCUCCUGGUGGAUGCUCAACCCCGAGGGGGGUAAGAAUGGCAAGUCCCCCCGCCGCCGCGCUGCCUCCAUGGACAACAACAGCAAAUUCGCCAAGAGCCGAGGGAGGGCCGCCAAGAAAAAGAUGGCCCUGCAGGGUGGGCCUGAGGGCGGUGCAGACAGCCCUGGCUCCCAGUACAACAAGUGGCCCGGCAGCCCCAAUUCCCACAGCAACGACGACUUUGAUACCUGGAGCGGUUUCCGCCAGCGCACCAGCUCCAACGCCAGCACGCUCAGCGGGCGCCUCUCGCCCUUCAUGCCCGAGCAGGACGACCUGGGAGACGGCGACGUGCACAUGGUGUACCCGGGUGGGCCCGGAGCCAAAAUGGCGGGCACUCUCCCCAGUCUCUCGGAGAUGGCUGGCUCACUGGGCCACCAUCACCACCACCACCACAGCUCUGAGAACGUCAUGGAGAACCUGCUGGACAACCUCAACCUGCUCUCCCCAAAUAACGCAUCGCAGGUCGGGCCAGCAGGGUCUGGAGGGGCCGCUGCUCCCUCCCAGGGCUCCGCGCAGUCCUCCCCCUCCCCCAUGAUGCAGUCCUCCCCUUCCCCAAUGAUGCAGGCCAGCCCAGGGUACCCUACCCCGUACAGCUCCCCGAACCUCGGAGGCAGCCAGCCCCAGCCCCAAGAGUACCGCAAGUGCCUGUACGGCCAGGCCAGCAUGAACACCCUGUCGACCAUGCCCAUGCAGCCGCUGUCCGAGAACAAGCCCAGCUUUGGACCCUCCCUGGGCCAGUACGGCUGCCCGGCAGGGCUCCUGAAAGAGCUCCUCACGUCCGACAGUGAGUCCCACGGGGAGCUCAUGUCCACAGUGGACACGGUGGUGACCCAGUCAGGAGGUGGCGGGGGCGGCGGCGGGCGCAUGCUUCCCCUUUACAGCAGCCCUGGUGGGGGUGCUGGUGCCCAGCAUGCCCGCUCCGAGCUCAUGAGUACCGGAGGUCAGCCGCACGGCAGCCAUGCCUUGCCCCCGCCACACCCGCACGCCCACGGCGUUGUGCACAACCAGGGCCCCCCGACUUCAGUGGCCAUGAACGGCCGUCCCAUGCUGCCCCUUGCCAGUAUGAGCCAUGGUUCGGGAGGACCAGCUGGCCGCCUCGGCACUGUCAAGACUGCCUUGUCCAUGCCCUUCAACCCUGCUGCCCACCUGGGUGGUGGAAUCGGCGGUGGGCCUCUGACCUACUGCACCCUCCAUAGCCCCAACACCAAUGGUUACGGGCGCCCGGGAUCCCUGCUCCAGCACCAGAGCCAGCACUCACACCUGGAGAAGCUGCCCAGCGACCUGGACGACAUGUCCAUCGAGCGCUUCGAGUGCGACGUGGAGUCCGUCCUGCACGACACCAUGCUCAUGGACGGAGACUCACUGGACUUCAACUUCGAGCCGGUGGUGCCCCAGCAGGGCUUCCCGCACGGCGUGAAGACCACCACACACAGCUGGGUGUCAGGGUAGAGGACAGGCCGGGGGGAGAGAGGGCUGCACUCACGCUCACUCACAGCUUCAAUCCAUAUGCAUCUCAGAAUGGAACAUGCCAACCCCAAGGAGGCCAUCCUCAUCCACCCAAAGAUGCUGUCCCCCAACUCCUCUGGUCGCUCAUCUAAAGCCCUCGGCAGCUGUGGCUGUGGCUGCUCCCGAGGACAUUCAGACAUUCAUUCAGGUUCAGGAGGACACUCUUGUCUUUUGUUUUUGCCACUGUACCACGUCGUCACAACCAAGUGCCAAACUCUUUGCCUUUGAACUUCAGAGCCAAAAUUGAUGUGCACUGUUAAUGUUGCCUUCUCGCUGCAGUUGAUGAUUCAUAAUACCAGUGGAUCGCACUCUGAGGAGUGUUCUGUUUUUUGGGGUUUAUUUUUACAAUUGCAACACACGCAAACAUACACACACACACACACACACACACACACACACACUUUCUCUCUCUUACACACACACAUACAUAAACGACACAAAUGCACACAAAUGCCUCCUGAAGAGACAUGCGUCUCAGUGGGAGAUCAUUUUUAUACUGAUUGAUAUAAUAGCUGAAAGAUCUGCUUUCGAGGCCUUUCUCACACCAGCUCUUAAAAUCACCCACAGUGCCCCAGGUCUACAACAAGCACCCACUGAAAGAAAAUGACAUUCCUUUCAGUUUCCUGUCAGGACGUUAAGCUCACCAGUCGGAUCGAUCAGUCCACAUUCACUUCUCAUGAACCCCCCCUUUAUCUAGCCGCCUUCAGGCACUACUGUCGAGUCAGAGCCUUCCAGGUGUAGCGUUCCCUAGAGGAACAGUCACAGAAGUUCUAGAGUUUGAGGGCUUCUGGAAGGAGAACUGGAAUAUGUUGGAGGGUGCUGAAGGAAGGGUUGGCAUUGCCUCGAUAUGUGCCACUGCCAAGGGCCGGGUUUGGCCAAAAAGCCCUCGCUGCCUGGAAGUUAUGCUGUGUCUGAGUCUGGGCCAGAUCUGUUUCAGAGUCAGUGUCUGUCAGGGAGGCCUCUCAAGCUACGUUGUCAUGAUGAUUUUUUUAUUUUAUUUCGUUGGUUGUUCUCAUAGUUAGACAUUUCUUUGAUUUUGUUUUUGUUUGUUUGUUGGUGUUGUGUCGCUUUUUUUUGGGCUUGGCUUGGACACGUUAGAAGGAGGAGUGUUUUUACUAGGUCAUGUACAGAACGUUUACAUUGUGCGAGCAACAGUUAGACAUGUCUUUUUUUUUUUUUUUUGGGAAAGAAGAACUGGAUUUUCAGUGGACUUAUUCUCACACUUUGAGGGUGCUUCUCAGUUGGACUUGACCUGGCUGUUUCCAUAUUUCUUGUAAAUACCUACAACACACACACACAUAUAUUGAAAACGUAAAGUAGAUAUAUAUUGAGAUUUUUAUUAUUGUUGUUGUUGUUAUUUUUGUUUUGAUUCAGCUGCAAAUUCUGCACGCACACGUCGCAAGUGUUCUGUCUGUUCUGAGUAGAUUCUAAGCAGAGUAAAGCCUUAUCGUUAUUAAUAUUAUUCUGGCGAAUGUAGUAGUUCUGAACUACUGACUGGAAGCUGGCUUGGCCACUGCAGAUAUGAGGGUGUCACUCCCUCGAAUCUGUGGAGAAAGUCAAACUUCCCUCCCUUUAAGAAGGCUUUGAGGGAACGGUUUGCUUUUCUGACGUCUAUUUAUUUGGUGGAAGGAGAUUUCAUAUGUUCGUAGUAUGCCUCAGUUUAACACGUAGACGUGCUCGUUACUAUAUUUCUCCCCCCUUCCGGGAGCCGUGACGCGAAACGUGCCGGCGUCGUUGACGUGAUUCGUUUUUCCUUAUAUGAGCUGCCUUUUUUCAAACGUUUAGGUGAUUGUGUCGACGUAGCUCUGGAGAGGGUUUGUGGUUUUGUUCGGAUAGUCUGCAGUAACCCUUCUACCUCUGUCAGGCUUUCCAUCCUCUGUUCUCGCUGCCUUAUAUCAUAUUCCCCACCCACUCUCCACCUCCCUGUCUGUCUCCUCUGUUCCUGCUGUCACCGAAUUUAACACAUUUGCUAAUCUAAUGAUGCGACCAUGAUCCCACUAAUUACUUUGGCUUCUGUCGUUAAUUAAGGAUUAAUCAACUCUCGCUCCUUAGUGCCUCUCAAGAGCCAGAGAAAGUGUUACCCAAAAGCUGACAAGCCUUGUACAUCGCAACGUGUUGCCUUUUAAAGUGCUCUUCGUCGGCAAAUACAUAUCUAAGACCCUAACAAUCAAGUGAUGACAUCAUACUAAGGAGCCACCUCAAGAAUGAUCUUGUUUAGACACCUCCCAUGUAUGCAUUCUCUAUGCAUGGUGCAAAUAAUGGGCAAGACAUUGUGCAGUUGCUCAAAGUUAGAGAGCAGAAGAACUCACACUGAUACUUAUACAACCACAGUCAAGAUAUAUUUAAAGUAGUAAAGCUAUGAAGAGAGGAGAGUGGAGAGAGGAGGAGGAGGAAAAUACUGUCGUAACUCUUUUGCAAAUGCCCUGAGCAGUCCUGAUCUUGCUUGGCUGUGGGUUUGGCCCUCAGCUGUGGGAUCAGAUAUUGACAUUGACAUUUAGGUUAAGUCGUGAAAAUGUCUUCUCUGGAGGUUGUUAUUGAAGCGAGCCACACUCACCCGACUAACUGAAUUCCCGAUAGCUCAUCGUCAGUGUAAAUAACGGCCUUUCAUUUAAGCGCUGCAGCUGGUAGAGGAGAUUGAAGUCAUUGAGGUUCCUGUCCAGUGUCUGUCCAUGUUGUACCGCUAAGCUCAGAGAAAGCCAGAGCAAACUCACACAUGAAUCCUUCUUUGUAAAUUAUAUGUGCAGGUCACUCAUUUCACCAUAAUCAUUCUAUCAUCCAAUGUCAAUUUUAAAAGGAUGCUUAAAAAUAUAUAUUAUUAUGCUAUGUAUUAAGAAGUGUACAUGAUUGCUUUGUGAAAUUUGCAAGUGAUCAUACCUAUGCAUUUUCAUACUUUAAUUUUUUUUUUUUUUUUGGCUCUCUGUUUUUCUGUAUUUUGUUUUUACUGAUUAUAUCAAAUGUUUUAUGUAUUAUAGCAUUGUGGAGAUGUUAUGUCAUUGUCAUAAAAUGUUGGUUUCAAAUAGUUAUUUGAGAAAAAAGAUAUGAAGUAUAUUUAGAACUAGAUUUACAUGCUUUUUUGUAAACUGACACUGUUAUCCUUGUAUUCAGCAGCAGUUUGUAGGAAAAAUAGAAAACAAAAAAAUACAUCAACUUAUUGUCUAAGUACAGAAUUGGAAAAAAAAAUAUUAUUGUUCAGAUGGUGGAUUUUGGACCAAUUUUUUAGAAGAGAAAAUAUAAAUUUAAAUAUUGCACUUUUACCUUAACAUACAUUUUAUAACAUGUUCCUCAUAGAGAAACUAAGAAGUGAAUCCAUGAGUUAUUUUCAAAGCAAACUGUUACAUUUUAUUAACUUAUACACAGAAAUGAAUCGAUUUUCAAUCAGAAAUAUAUAUAUCACACAAUGUGCAAUUUGUUUAUGUAUUAGACAAAAGAGAAUAUCUGAAACAUCUACAUAACAUCAAGGGGUAAGGAGGAGAGAAGGAACGUUGCCGUUUUGAAAUGAUUUGACUGACGUGAUGAUGUUGAUGUGUAUCUACCAUUCUAUUUCCUUAUUGAAGCUUUUUGGCAGUUAGCAAGAUAGAUUUCUGUCAGGUGGCCAUGACGUGUAACAUAUUUACCAGAACGCCUGUGAGGUCGCUCCUUAAAUCAGAAGCCUGAUGCACUUGUACCAUGAUGCAAGAACAGAAUUAUGUUGCCGCUGUAUGAAGCCAUAUGUGUACAUAAAUUAUGUUACAUAAA